AUGAAGCAAGGCACCGAUCAGUGUCAGGGUACCUGGGCAGAAGCGAGCUUAAAAGGUAGAGGACGUAUCUCUACAACCACGACAAUAAUAGAUGGUAAGAACGGAUCUGUUCCCUCAUCAUCCAUGAAAGUGGGCAAGAAAUCAGUAACGGAAGACCUUGUGACAACAUUCAGCUCACCAGCAGCAUGGAUUCUUGUUGUUGCUCUGAUUGUUACCUGGUCAGCAGUAGCUAUUGUAAUGUUUGACUUGGUGGAUUACAAAGCCUUUGCAG